UCUAAAGGUUUAUUUUCUUCCCAGAUUGCAUUGCAUGUCUGGAGGAAUUCCAAAAUGGCGGAAGACCCUCAGGAAAAACUCGCCGUCUGUGCCUUCAUACUCGCAUAAAAAUUUAUUUUUAAACUGUAUGGAACAGAAUGUGAUUGAUAUUUGAAUUUGAGAUCUUCUUUAGUUCCUUUGGUUCCUGGAUUGUUCGGCUCAAUAUUGCAACUGGGACAGUUUCAGCUUUACUCUCAAUAUGUCAAGUUUGAACCCUGAAGCUACAGAUUCGCCAAAUACUCGACCUCCGAUGUCACCUGCGGAAUCCUCUAUCUUCUCUGUAUUUAAAAUGACAAAGGGUUGUGUUAUGCUCAAAGUAAAACGGCAUGGAACUCCUCAAAUCAAGAAAUUUAUAUUAUCUAGAGAUCUCUCUCAUGUACAGUGGGGAUCUCCAAGGAAAGCAGGAGAGAAGUCUGUUUUAAUUGCCCAAAUGACUGAAAUAAUUAAAGGACAGACGACAAAAGUAUUUCAGAAUUACCCUGUACCACAGAGGGAGUCCAUGUCUUUCUCUGUGGUUUACAAGAUUGGCAGAAGUUUACAGACACUGGAUAUUGCCUGUUUUGACAAGAAACAGUUUGAAGUAUGGACGUCAGGUUUACAGGCCCUGAUGAGUGGAUUCAAUGACAGAAAGGCUGUUGAUGAGUUAUAUGAAAGUGGAAAGCAUGAGCAAGAUGAAACAGACAACCAGCUUGCACAAGGACCAGAAGAGGUUCCUUUGCAUCUGCUUGGUCCUGAUGGAAAACCACUCAGUGAAGACGCUUGUGACUUAUACACGUGGGGAGAUGGUACCACUGGAAUGCUCGGGCAUGGUGAAAAUGGUGAAGAGAGUGUCCCUAAAGUAGUAGAGGCACUAAUUUCAAAAGACAUUGUUAAAGUGGCAUGUGGGGUCACUCACACCAUUGUUGCAACAAAGGAAGGUGAAGUUUACUCGUGGGGUUCAGGGUAUGGUGGAAAACUUGGUCAAGGACACUUGCGGGACAGAGCGACCCCGCUCAGAGUUGCUGCAUUAAAGGACAUGAAAGUGACAAGAAUAGCCUGCCAUGAGUUUCAUUCGGCUGCUGUUUGUGUCACAGGAGAGUUAUACACCUGGGGCAAGGGAGGUCCGAGACUUGGAUACGAGAGUUUCUCGAGAAAGGAAAUACUGCCGAGAUUUGUUGAAGGCCUUGAGGAGCACAGAGUGGCGCAUGUUGCAUGUGGACGCAACCAUACACUAGUCUGCACCAAGAACGGCCAGUGCUUCGCUUUUGGAGACAACGAGUUUGGUCAACUGGGUGUCAAAGGACCUUCGACGAGUUACGAGCCUGUUCACUCACAGGAACUAGAAAGCUACCACAUCUCUUUUGUGGCGUGCGGGACACAUCACAGUGCUGCGAUAUCUGAUAGUGGGCAUGGUUUGCUUUGGAUGUGGGGUGAUAACAGCUCUGGACAAUUAGGAAUGGAAAAUAUAAGCUUCUCGUCCAAUCCGAUUCAGAUAUCAUCAGAUCUCAGAAGUCACCACAUCAUUGAUGUGAGUUGUGGGGAUAAACACACUGUAUUUUUAACAAAAAAGGGGAAGCUGUUUGGGAUGGGCGAUAACACAGAUAACCAGCUCGGGAUAAACCAGCGAGGCAAGUCAGAAGACCCGGUGUUAAGGCUGAAUGCUCCAAAACGCAUCCAUCUCUCUGCUCACUCAAGAGCUGCCAAACCAGUCCAGGUGUCCUGUGGUGCUUCUCACACAGCCGCUGUCACAGAAACAGGAGAAGUAUUCAUCUGGGGCAAGGGAAGGGCGGGUCGCUUAGGUCAUGGUGAUACAAGAGACAGGCCGUUGCCCUGUGAACUGGACAUGGAUGGCAAGCGUGUUCGCUCUGUAGCGUGCGGCAGUACACACACAGCCUGCCUUGUCACCAGGGCCUGGGUAUCUGAUGACUUGAUCAAGAACUGCAUGGCUUGUAAGACAAGGUUUUCACUGGUGAACAGAAAGCACCACUGCCGCAAAUGUGGAGGCGUGUUUUGUACUUCGUGCACCUCCAAGCGAACUCCUAUCCUUGCCCUGCCAGGAUACCGGAUCCCUCGGCGUGUCUGUGACAAAUGUUACUCCGUUCUUCUAGAAGAGAUGUGACGAUAGUCUUGACUUUGGACAAGAAAGGCGACACGCUGGGGUGGAUACAGGAUUUCAGAGCAGGGGGUUCGAGAUACGGACCGCCGAAGGGGUUCCCCUGUUGGGGGGGUCCGGGGGCAUCAUCCGCCGGGAAAUGUUUAAAUUGAGGUCCUCGGAAAGAGGCCAAGUCAGCGUGUUAUAAUGUCUCAAUUUUUUUUUUUUUUAAUUUAGGGGGUUCGACCGAAUCCCCCGAACACCCCUAGAUCCGUCCCAGACAAGGUACACUUUCCUCCGGAUUAGAAGAAACUUAACGACAGCGUGUUGGCUUUGAUUGAUUAGAGCAUGUCAACACAAACUUUAAACACUCGGGAAACAACAAGACAAAAGAAACAAGGGUUUGCUUUCGACAGCCAUCCCCAACAACCAUUCUACAUGGGCUAACCGCAAACAAACCAUGAUUAAACAAAGUCAACAUAAUGCUAUUAAAAACAGUGAUCAUGUUUUCGAAACACUUUUACUCCAUGGUUAUUUUUAACAUUGUUCGGUUAUUCAGUUUUUGCCGACAUUGAAUUAGCAUCCGUCGAAAAGUGUUUCUUGUGAAUUCUGAACUAUAUACAUUACAAAGUAAAUAUUAUAUUUCAAAGUUUAAUGCUUAGGCAAGUUAAGAAAAUGAUGGAUUUUAUCCAAGUAAAACGUUUUAAUUGAAAACUAUAUUCUCCCGAUUGUAUCGCAAAAAACGGGCUGAAAAAGUAAAGAGAUUUGAUAUUCUGUUGCGAGGACUUAUUUAGUUAACAGUAAUCCUAUAGUUAUUCCUUAAUUUAGCUAAAGAAUACAAAACAAAAGGAAAAUGUCCCGAGAUGUGCAAUCACCUUUUUGUAUGACAGUUAAAAAAACCUAGGAUCUAUAUUACAAGUAAAUAAAAAAGAUCACCCUUUGGUGCUAAACCAAGAGCGGGAUAUUGCUUUAAAAUUAUAACUAGUUAAUAGAGAGAUUAGGCAGUUUAAGAAAACCACGACGGCAACGGGAACGGGAACGUCGCUAAAACAAAAGGUUUAAUGAGCAGAACAAUGGCU